AUGUCCGCGCCUGGGAGCCGCCCCUCUCACGGCCAGAAGGGCCGACCCUCCGGCCGGCGGCCGCCGGUGCUCGUGUCGACCGUGGCCUCGGCCACCCGGGCCCCGGACAUCGAUGAGGACGGCUUCGAGCUGGAUCUCGGCCACCGGCUGGCCGCGGACUUUCUGGCCUUCCGCGAGGCGGCCGGCCUGCCGAGCUCCGGCCCCGGCUCGGCGGCGGUGGUGGUGGUGGCCUUCGGGCUGGGCAAUGUCGGGGCGCCGGCCCUGCGGGCAAGCUCCGACUAUGUGACCUUCUGCCAGUCGACCGCGGGCGAGGCGGUGGCGCCGGCGCGGGCGUCCCUGGCCGGCCUGCAGGGGACCUUCGCCGGGCGUGAGCGUCUGGCGGCGGCUGGGCGCGUGGCCGCGCUGGCCAGCCCGCCGCAGAUGCAGCUGGCCUUGCUGGUGUGUGUGCGGAAUGCCCUGCGCGCGCGGCUCGGCCCGGCCGGGCCGGCCCUCCGCGUGGAGGCCUUCGAUCCGGUCUUCGACGAGCGGGACCGCCAGGUCCUCCGGGCGCUAGGCAUCACCCCGCUGACGGUGAAUGAGGCCGGCCGCCGCCGGGCCGAGACCCCCACGCUCUUCUUCAUGCCGCACUGCGACCGGUUCCUGUAUGAUGCUCUGUUGGAUGAGAAUCUGGCCGACGGGCGGGACACCCUGGCCCGGUGCCUGGUGUUUGGGAACUUCCUUGCCCGGUACGCGGACCCGGGGCUCGGCGGCCCGGAGGCCCUGGUCCAGAGUGGGUUCCACAGCCUGGCGGCCGUGGUGCGGCAGGCCCGGGUGCUUGCCGGGCUGGACGCCAUGCAUGAGCGCCGGACAUGGGCCGGGAUGGCGGGCGCCGGUGCCCCGGCCGACCCCCUGCCGGUGGCCCUCUUCGACGAGGCCUUCAGCGACUGCCGGCUGCAGAGCUUCCGCCCGGCGGCGGCGGCGGCGGCGGCGACCGGUCGCCGGCCCGGCCAGGCCGGUGGUGGUCGGGCGGGUCAGGCAGGCCAGGCGGGCCGACGCGCCGCCGGGCCCGGGCCGGCCUCCCGCGGCUGA